AUGUCCAAUCUCUAUUCGGAUAAAACAAAUAAAAAGAAGAAUGGAAACGCAAUGACGAAUAUCAUAAGAGCGAAGAAGUACGCGUGCGCCUCGUGCGCGGCGCGCUUCCACACGACGUCCAACCUGCGCUCGCACGAGCGCCGCGCGCACCGCCCGCCCGACCAGCGCUACGCGUGCGCGCGCUGCGAGCGGCGCUUCCACGACCGCACCAAGCUGCGCCGGCACCUCGACGCGCACGACCACGUCAAACGGUUUAAAUGCGAUCACUGUCUCGCGCGAUUCUCUCGUCGCUGUCACUGGAAGCGGCACCUGGAGAGACAGCACGCCGUGUCGGUGCCCCCCCAGCGGCCCGGCCGGCGACCCACGCGCCUGCUGCUGGGGGAGCAGCCGCAGUGACGCGCAGCGACGCAGUCGCGGGGACACUCGUGGCGACUCGCAGGCCGCCGGGAGAGGAUCUCUUCGUGACGGUGCGCGACGUCGACGCGACGCCGAGUGAGAUUACGGAUUAUUGUUACG